GCGGGGCCGGGAGGCGCUGGUCGGUUGCCAGGGGCAACGUGGGGGCCUAGGGCCGGGGCGCGGAGCCUGAGCGCGAGAGAGAGAGAGAGAGAGAGAGAGAGCGAGCGCGAGCCCGGGGCCCUGCCGCGACCCCCCGGCCCGGCGCUGCGGGGCCAUGGCGCUGGUCAGCGGGCUGGUGCCGGCCCGGUUCCUGACCCUCACGGCCCACCUCGUGCUCGUCGUCACCCUCUUCUGGUCGCGGGACAACAACGUCCUCGCCUCGCUGCCCCUGCAGUACAGCCAGCAACAGUACGAGCGCCAGGACCUGGAGCUGGUGGUGGCCCUGUCAGUGACGCUGGGCUUGUUCGCCGUGGAGCUGGCCGGCUUCUUCUCCGGGGUGUCCAUGUUCAACAACACGCAGAGUCUGCUCUCCAUCGGGGCCCACGCUGCCGCUGCCGUGGCCCUCCUCUUCUUCCUCUUCGACCAGUGGGACAGCAGCCUCUACUGGUGGAUCUUUGCCUUCUGCAGCGCCCUGCCCGCGGCCUUCGAGAUCCUGCUCUUCGUGUCCGUCUUCGGGUUCAAGAGGAAGCCCCUGUGAGCCGGAGCCGGCCCCCCGGGAGGUCUGUUCCGCUGGCCCCACAGGCUCUGAGCCGGGGGGUGGAUACGCCGGACGGGGCGCUCGCCAGCGCCCGCCGCUGCUCCUCAGCCCCACAGGCCCGGCGCUGGACGGGGCAGCUGGUGGUGGGGUGGCUGCAUGGGGCAGUCAGGACCUGGUGCUCUGCCUCUAGGGGGCAGGGCUGAAUUAGCCCCCUAGGAGCCUGCAGCGAGCUGCACCAGGACGCCCCAGCGGCGGCAGGCGGGACUGCCCCCUGCGUCAGCCCCAUGGGACCCUGCAGCGCCCCCCAGGGGCAACAGGCUGGACUGCACCCUGCGUCAGCCCCAUGGGACCCUGCAGCGCCCCUCAGGGGCAACAGGCGGGACUGCCCCCUGCGUCAGCCCCAUGGGACCCUGCAGCGCCCCCCAGGGGCAACAGGCUGGACUGCACCCUGCGUCAGCCCCAUGGGACCCUGCAGCGCCCCUCGGGG